AAUAAUUUUUCUGGGGGAUAAUAAUGGGAUUGGACCAGGACCGGUUGGAUUCCUUCUCUACUCUUGCUUAAAAGAUCCCCCAAAGGAACCAACUGUCCUUUCGAACUACUACAAUGGAGACCCCCCAGAUCACCCUCGAGACCUACGUCCCCCGCAAGUGCUCCGCCACUAACCGCCUCAUUGGCUCCAAGGACCACGCCUCGGUCCAGAUCAACAUCGGCGAUGUUGACGAGAACGGCCGCUACACCGGCUCCUUCACCACCUACGCCCUCUCUGGCUACGUCCGCGCCCAGUCCGAGGCUGAUGAUUCCAUCAACCGCCUUGCCACCAAGGAUGGUCUCUUGUCCAUGGUCUGGAGCUACCAGAAGUAAAUUACGGAGCUGACACUUUUUUGUCAUUAAAAGAAAACUUCAACUCCUUUUCAUUUCUGCUUUUGCCCCUUACUGUUUUUUUUCUCGUCUUUCAUUUUGGUCCUGUUCGAAAUAACCCCACGGCUGCUUUGCUUCCUUUCCCUCCGACUAUUCUCUUGAGAAAUCGUAAACUAAGGGACGUCGGUAACAAAAAAACCGCAUUCAUGCUCAAUUGAAAAACUGAAAAAAUAAACCACACAAAAAAAAAAAAAAAAAAACCCCC